UUGAGGUCUGCUAAAUAUGCUUCUACACUAUACAUCACUUGGACUCUCAUCUCGUAGCUGGACAUCAUGCCUCAGAAUGAUUAUAUGGACGAGCACCGCCGGCGACAUGGUCGUCGGUUGGAUUACGAGGAGAGAAAACGCAAGAAGGAGGCACGAUCAGUUCACCGAUCCUCAGCUGAGAACCAAAAGCUGUUCGGUCUAAAAGCCAAGAUCCACCACGCUAAACGGCACGCCGAAAAGGUCCAAAUGAAGAAGACGCUGAAGGCCCAUGAUGAGCGCAAUGUCAAGCAGAAGGAUGACGGCGCCGUAAAAGAAGGAGCAUUGCCAACGUACUUGUUGGAUAGGGAAGGGCAAAAGGACGCCAAGGCGCUUAGUUCAGCCGUCAAAGACAGACGGAAAGACAAGGCUGCAAAGUACGCUGUUCCUUUACCCAAAGUCCGAGGUAUCGCCGAAGAGGAAAUGUUCAAGGUGAUCAAGACGGGGAAACACAAGGGAAAGAGCUGGAAGCGAAUGGUCAGCAAGCCAACAUUUGUCGGGGAGAACUUCACGAGAAAGCCGGUGAAGCUGGAGCGCUUCAUUCGACCCAUGGGCUUGCGUAUGAACAAGGCUAAUGUGACACAUCGUGGGAUCAACCUGAUAGUGAUAUCGGACAUUGCUGACGUCUUCUUAGCCGAGCUCAAAACCACUUUCCAACUGCCCAUCCUCGGCGUCAAAAAGAACCCUCAGUCCCCGCUCUACACCUCGCUAGGCGUCUUGACCAAAGGAACCAUACUAGAAGUCAACGUCAGCGAGCUGGGAAUGGUCACCACAGGAGGCAAAGUUGUAUGGUCAAAGUAUGCUCAAAUUACCAACAAUCCUGAGAACGAUGGCUGCAUCAACUCUAUUCUGUUGGUCUAAUCUGGAUAGAAGUACAUCUAGGCGAGGCAUCUCUGUACUCGGGCUCUCAUGUUGUAUCAAUAGACGACUUUU